UAAACGCACUUAUUAGGUACAGGAGAGAAACCCCAGUGCAAACUACUGCCAUCUGGUGGGCAUUUGCUGCUAGCGCCUUAAAUGACAGACUUAAAUAUAAUUUAGCAAAAGUUCUGAGAUAAGAAACCAAGGGAAAAAAUGAAUAAAAAUGAAUAUGCUAGAAACAAAUAUUUGCUUUUCUGUUUAAAUAUUUAAAUACAACCACAGAUAACGAGUAAUGAGUUAACACAUCACCCAUAUGUCUGAUAAAUAUCACAUUCAAUAAAAUAUGUUGUUAACCUGUUUUAGAUUUAUUAUGAUUUCUAAUGCCUGUUGUCCUGAGAUAUAUGUGGAAGUACUUUCUUUGAAAGGUGCAGGGAAAAACUACGCAGCCUGUCAGCUUCCAGGAAGCAGCAGUGUGCUGUAAUCGUGUGAAUGAAAAUAACCUUAGUCCUUCACUAAUCCCUGCCUAUCCUUUUUAUCUCAGGAUUCAGAGCAGUCGAUGCAGUAUGUAGCUGUGAGCCUGCAGAGAGCCCACCAUGCACCAUCCCCUGUCCCUCCAGACCUUUAAAGUGUAGUUUAGAUGCGGAGCGUUUAGUGACUGACAGGAGAGGGGGAGAAAAAAUGACAGCACACUUCAGCGCUGCUUUUUGUCUGGCUUUAGUUUUCCUCCCUGUUCUCUGCACAUCCUGCCCAGUGCAGUGCAACUGCUUUUACCACAAAUUAAGCGAUGGAUCCAAAGCAAGGAGUGUGCUUUGCAAUGAUCCAGAGAUCUCCGUGGUCCCUACAAACUUCCCCACUGACACGUCCAAGCUUCGCAUUGAGAAGACAGCAAUCACAAAGAUUUCCAGCAGCAACUUCCACUACCUCAACAACCUGGAGAUCCUCUGGAUGUCCUUCAAUUCACUCAGCUCGCUCAAAGUGGACAGUUUCCGAGGUUUGUACAACCUGGACGAGCUCAGGUUGGAUGGGAACUCGCUCACCUCCUUCCCGUGGGAGUCUUUGACUGACAUGCCCAACCUGAGGCUCCUGGACCUGCACAACAACAAGAUCUCCACCAUCCCAGCUGAGGCUACUACAUACAUCAAAAACAUCACCUAUCUGGACCUGUCCAGUAACAGCCUGUCAACCGUCCCUGGUGAUGUCCUAACAAUGUGGCUGAGUGUGAACCCUCUUCAGGACUUCAGUGUUUCCUCCAAAUUCAUUUUAGGACUCCAUGACAACCCUUGGCUGUGUGACUGUCGGCUCUUUGAUUUAGUCCAGUUCCAAAAGUCUCCGUCGUCCUCAGUGACUCUGAUCGACACCAAGCUGAGGUGUGCUGAUCCAGAGAGCCUAUCAGGGGUUGUUUUCACUGAGGCCGAGGUGCAGAGGUGCCAGGGCCCUCGUGUGCACACAGCCGUGGCCCGUGUACGCAGCUCACUGGGCAACAACGUUCUCCUCCGCUGCGGCACAUUUGGCGUUCCCAUCCCAGAACUGUCCUGGAGCCGAACCGAUGGCAAGAAAAUCAACGGCACAGUCCAACAGGAGAUUUCAAGGGAAGGCAUCAUUUGGUCUAUUCUGAGCGUGCCCGCCGUCUCCUACCACGACUCUGGAAAAUAUAUCUGCAGAGCAAACAAUUUUGUUGGCACAGCUGAUGCCGUCAUCUCCCUGGUGAUCACUGAUUCAUUCCCGUCUGAGGAGAACACUGGUGGUUCUUCAAGGAGAAACAGAGGCAAGAAGAAUGGUUCCAUGGGUCGAGCAGCGUAUCAAGAGAAACUCAUCGCCAGAUAUGUUCCUCCACCAACGACCACAGCUGGACAGCCCAUUAUUGAAUCCCUCAGUGGUCGAGGCUUGACGAGGAAGUAUGAAAUUGAGAGUUACAGUGUCUCGGACAGUGGCUCUGAGGCCAAGGGCAAGGAGUCGGAAUCCGAGACGCUGGUGGGCUCGGAUGCUCUGAGUAACUUGGCGGCCAAUGCCUCGUCUUUACAGCAAGCUCCGGAGAAAAGGAUUGUACGUUCAGUGAAGGUGAUCGGUGACACCGACCACACUGUCUCUCUGAACUGGCGAGCCCCAACCGCCACGAACACCACAGAAUUCAGUGUCCUUUACGCCGUGUUUGGUGAGAGGGACAUGCGUCGCAUCAACGUGGGAGCCGGAAAGAACAGGAUCACAAUUGAGGGUCUUGUGCCUAAAACAAAGUACAUCGCCUGUGUUUGCGUCAAAGGCCUGAUCCCAAAAAAGGAACAGUGUGUAAUCUUCUCAACAGACGAGGCGGCCAGCGCUAGUGGCACUCAGAAGCUCAUUAAUGUAGUGGUCAUAACCGUGGCCUGCGUCAUUGCUGUCCCGCUGACACUGAUCGUUUGCUGCGGCGCCCUGAAGAAGCGCUGUCAAAAGCUGUUGGGGCGGCAGUCCAAAGAGAUGCAGGACUCUUACGUCACCUUUGAGACCCUGGCUCCAGGGACCAAGCCCAAGGGCGUGGAGGGCGAGUAUCUGGCCAGAAUGACACCUGACGAAUCCAACAGGCUGCUCUCCGCCAGGUCUAGUGUGGACUCAGAGGCCAUCAUCAGGAGUGAAGGCCAGCCUAACGAGUACUUCUGCUGA